AAAAGUCAAAUAUGGGGUUUGUUUAUAUUGCUCAACGAAAUGUAAACUGUUAAUGAUGAUGACAAUAUAUUAUUUAAAGUUUUAAACCAUGACAAAAUAAAACGAGAUAUUGUUAACGUCACAGAACGGAUUCUAUUUAGAUUAUAUUUACAAUGGCAGGAAGCGGACGGAGAGUGGGACGGGACGUCAAGUUAUCCAAAUCAUUAUCCUGGUUAUUGAGACAUGGAGCAGAAAAAGCAGGACUUCAUUUCUCGCCAGGUGGAUUUUUAUACGUAGAGGAGAUAUUAAAUAAACCACAGUUUAAAAGUUUUACAGAAGCUGAUAUAAGACAAGUUGUGGAAACCAAUGAUAAGAAACGGUUUGCUCUUCAGACAGAUGACGAGGGCAAACUACAAGUCCGUGCCAAUCAGGGUCACACUUUACAGGUGGAUGAUUUAGAGCUAACACCAGUAACGAGUCCUGCUAACUAUCCUAUAGUGAUACAUGGAACUAAUAUGACCGCUUGGAAUUCCAUUAAAACACAGGGAUUAAGUCGAAUGAGGAGAACUCAUAUACAUUUUGCUACUGGUGAACCUGGUGAUAGUGGUGUUAUAAGUGGUAUGAAAUCUUCCUGUGAUGUACUGAUAUAUUUAAAUCUACACAAAAUGUUACAAGAUAAUCAAUCUGUAUUUAUAUCAGCUAAUGGUGUGAUAUUAUCACCAGGUGAUCAACAAGGGAUUAUACAACCUGUAUAUUUUAAACAAGUUAUUAACAGAAGAACAAGAGAGGUUAUUCAAUGAACAAUGCAUACAAAUCUUCAGGAAAUAAAAUGGUGCUGAAGGGAAACUAGGUUUAAUAGCAUGUUAGUACCAAAAUAAAUGUACUGAAAAGGAAGGAGCGAGCCUUGAAAAAGCAAUACAUUGAGAUAUCCAUUUCGAUAUAAAAUAUAUUUUUAUCUUGUUUGUUAUUUUAAGUCAUUUCUGUGAUAUGAAGAAAUAUACAAAGUAUAAUUUAUGUGUCUAAACAAUUAAUUUAAAUAUUUAAUAAAUUUUAAAUUUUUAAAAAUAAAAAUAAAUUUUUGAUAUUUGUCUACCAGUAAUCAAAAGUUAUUUAAAUUCCAUUUAAAGACCCUGGUAUUCCAGAAUAAAUGGCAAAUGUAGAAAAUCAUAAUAAUCGAUUCACAAAGCAAAUAGGUCUAAAAUAUAUUAAACUUGAUUAUUUCUAACUCAGUUAUUGCCACUUAAAGUUUACAUUAGUUUCUAGUGCUUUUACACCAUCCUUUUUAUUUCUCAGUAAUCAUCUGUUGACAACCGUAACGACAACUCAUUGCUAUCCACGAAUGUCAAGCCAAAAUGUUAUAAAACCUUU